GGUAGUUGGAUUGGUAGCUGCUGCUGUCCUUGUUGUAGUAGUUGUUCUAUCCAUUUCACUCACUUUAUCACUGAGAAAGGAUAAUCAGGAGCCUAAAAACCCCAGCUCUCUUUCAUCAUGUCCUUCUGGGUACACAGGUCAAUUUUGCGACGAGCCAGUUUGUAGAACCAUGUGCCACUAUGGAGACUGUGUGCGCCCAGACACGUGCAGCUGCGAUCCUGGUUGGACCGGUAACGCUUGCAACCAGGCGAUGUGUGAUAUGCCGUGCACACGGCAUGGAAUGUGUACAGCACCUAACACGUGUACGUGUGAGAAUGGAUGGCAAGGAAUGACAUGUGAAAUGCCCUUCGCACCCGGAUUUAAUCCCACUAAGAUAUAUAUCUACAACAUCUCAAUAUCCUCUACAAUGGAAUGGGAUAUAAUGAUGAAUACUAAUUCCUUCAGAAGCAAUGAUGAUACAAGACAAUUCCUUUCCAAUGUCAAUCUAACAUUUUCUAUUUCUACUGUCAAAACACAAACAAAUUACUCUAUAGGAAUGCUGACAAUUUUGAAUGCAAUUUGCCAUUCAGAUUUUGGAAACCAGACCAAAGAUUUUCAAAAUGCAACUUGUGACCAACACUCUGCAAAGAAUUUAUUGCAAACUAAGGUCAUGUUUUCUCAGGACUUAACGACUGGAAAAAUCAUGCAUGUUUAUUAUAAUUCCUCCACCGAAGACCAGGCAAUUUUCAUAGCUCGUUUACUUCGCUUCAUAGACUGUAAAACAGCACCAUCAAAUGUUGAAAGUAUGGAAGAGAAAUCGGCUUCUGAUGGGAAGCAAAUUAUUUUGCUGCGCAAUGGAUUGAAAUCUGAAAUUGGGCUGCAAUGCUUUAAUUUUACAAGAUUAGUAAAAAAUAAAGAGAAUAUGAUUACCGACCGAGAGGAGAAAAAAGUAUGUUUGGGAGAGACUGGAGCACCACAAAGGAUCAUCAUGUCAGAGUUUUAUAUCAUUGGUAAAAAUAGGAGUGAAGAUGAUAGGGAUUCCUUGAGUGAAGACGAAAUGAAUUUGUCGCCGUUGCCAUCUUUCAAAGGACAUGUCUUUGCGGUUGGUCAUCUCGUUUCAAUGAAAACAAUGGCAAAUGAUGCUUUAGAAGAUGAACUAGAAAGUGCGCAUCUAGAUUUGGCGUCUGAUAACAUCAAGUCCUCCUCUAUCGACGAGUUAGCUUUCAGGAAGAUUUCCACAGAAAAAGAAUACAAACACGACAUUGUUUAUCAGGAUAUUAAAAACGUCCUUAGACAUCCAUCUAAAAAUCUCAGACUGUCACUUGGUCUUGCUUUGGUGAGAAAAAGUGAAUCUGCCAUUUCCAUCAUAAGGAAGAUGAUUUUCUCUCAAAAUCUUCUAGAAAAGGAGUCGAGAUCACUCCUCAUAGCGAUUCUUGGAUCAUCACAAACCUUUUCGGGCCAAAAAAUCCUGAUGCAAAUGUUGGAUGCUGAGGAGAAGGUCAAGGGCGAUCAUUAUCUUGCCUUAGGUUCUGUGGCUCAAAUGUUAAAGCCCUCUGAAGAUAUUAUUACAAUUCUCAGUAAACUAAUGAGAGAUGCUCUGGAUGAUGAAGUGAAGACUCGGGCUGUCCUAGUUCUCGGCGUACUGGGGAGCAGGGGUUUGGAUAAUAAAGUUAUCCCUAUCCUUAAUAAAGAAUUAUUCAAGAACAAUGUCACUCACGAUGAUAAAUGUAUGUUAAUAUCAGCUUUAGGCAAUACUCACUCAGAAAAAGCGCUGCAACCUCUAUCAAACUUUGUAAAGAGCAAAGAUACAUUCUAUAAAAUAUUGUCUAUCAGAGCUUUGAAAAAUAUUCCAGGGUACAAAAGUUACGAGCUUGUUUUAGAUGCACUUUUAAAAACGAGAAAUAAGAAAGUGGCCCUUCGAUGUUUAAAGACACUCACGUCUAAGGGAAAAUGGAUCAGUCAGAAUGACUCAGAUGCAAUUCUACAGAUAGCUUACGGUACAAAAGAUUUGGAAAUACUCAUUGCCAUUCAAAACACGUUUCUUGGGUUACUUGAAGGUUAUACAGAAAAACAGAAGCAGGAUUUUCAAUUCAAAUUGAAGGUAAUUAAUGAAAUCAUUGUGCAACUUCAAAAUCUUGAAGUACAUGCUUUUGAGAUAAAAAGAGAGACCCAGAACUUUGGUGUUUACUUUGAUAUGUCGGUGGAUUCUGAAAAACGUGGCUAUGAAUUAGAUUUCAACGGCAACUCUAACUUUGACAUAAAGGUGUUUGGUAAACGUGUAAAUGUCCUAAGAGCGGGUACUGACAACUCGUACGUUGACUCAGGUGUCUUUAUGUCUUCAGUGUAUAUGAUUUUGAAUUUGUUCGGACAUGACUACGUAUUGUACAUGAAAUCUUGGAAAUUUUCACUGAAUUUGUUUACCAAAGAAGGAAAUCCAUGCCAACCAAAUAGCGGCAAUAUCAUGCAUACUUUCCCGGAAUAUUUUCAUUUCGGAGACCUUCUAUUUACAUAUGGUAUUCCAUAUAUAGCCUCCAUCAACUUAAAGGUGGGAAUUGUUGGAUCCGUUUCUUUUGGAUUUGGAUUUGAUGUUAAAGGAAAUGAUGGUAACAUGUUACCACAACAAGUAAUUGUUAUUGGAAAACCAGAGGCAAAGUUAACUGCAACUGCGAGCGCCUAUACCAGCGCUGUUUUAGUAAGUGCUGGGGUAAAGGGAGUAAUUGAUGUUCUGACAGGAAGUAUUCAAACCAAUGUUGCUUUAAACUUGCAACAACGAAACUUCUGUCAUUUAGUACGAGCCGAAGUGGGCAUGUUACAGGGCGCAUUGUUUAUUUUUGCCGAAGUUGGUUUUUCCAUUUUUAAAAAAACAUAUGAAAUAGAAAUUUAUAAUUGGCCUGGAAGUAAGGUAUCAAAAACUGUAUCAGAAUCAUUCUGUUGUGCAAAUGCUUUCCAGUCACCUAGCAAAGCAGCCGUUCAAAGCUAUAACUUGUUGUACCCUGCUCUCUCAAAUGUUACUGAAUUAUCAUACCAGAGGAAAAUUUCUGAAGCUCUCUCAGUACUCACUUCAAUUAAAACAUGUAUGAAUUCAGUGAACAAAGAUGAUUGCCCAUUAGGGCCGGUCCAAGGUUUAUUAAAUAGAGGAGUUUAUAUUUUUGACCCUUUGCUGUCGAAACAAUUCAAGGAAAACUACGUUUUGACUACACUCCAUAUAAUACCAUUGUUGCUUGCUAAUAGUGGUGAUUAUUACGGUUUAGAUAGAAAAGGCAACAUGGUUCAGGUUCAUGAAUAUGGUAAAGUUAGACAGGUCAUGUUGCCUCUUAUUAAUCUGUUAGCUAGUUUGAUUUACAGUCCAGAAAUUAAACAGGUUUAUGGAGGUAUAAUGAAAAAUCAAGUUUUACUCCAACAGCAUCCAAAACGAUCUUUAGUAAAAUCGACUUCAAACGUAUUGGAUCUCCGACCAUACUGUUCUAAAAUGAUGGCAAUUUGUGCAAACAUAAAAAUGGGGAAAAUGGACCAUGGUGACACGAUGACAUUUACAGAGAACAAAGAAAUUCAAUCAUUCAACGACAAGGAAGCAUGCUCUGCGUUCAUCAAGUCAAAUGGGAUCAGAUAUCCCUAUUACUGCGAAGCUUACCCGUUCUCCUUCACACUACAGGGGGGUAGUGGAGCGACUGUAAUGUCCGUCAAUGUAAUGGAACGGGAAGUCAAAAUGGAGGCGUUCAAUACUUUUAUCAAAUCUUCGGGAUUAAAAGGGGGCGAUUCUUUUGUUGUUUUAGUUUAACAGUGAAAAAAAUCCUGAUAUAUAAUUUUGUUUCUAUCCAAAUUGUAAUCCGUGUGAGCAAGCGUUUGCUUGAUAAUGCGACUAUUAUUUAGAGAUUUGUUACGUUCAUUCAUAAAUGCUUGUACCUUCAUGAGUAGACAUCUGAAUUCUGUACAAUAUCCAUUGUUCUCUUUACAAGUCACUAACCUAAAUCCUCUGUUCUUAGUGUUUUAUAACAAAUGCAGAUGUUGUAUUAUGUAGAAAGUAAAUUAAUUUAACGUUUUUAUAUCGAUUAUCUAUUGUUAUAACGUAUAACUGUUGUCUCUUUUUCUCUUAACAUGUAUUACUUGUAUUCAAUUCAUCAUAAAGCCACUGAUAUAU